AUGAGCAGCGCUGACGCUGCAGCCCGCACAGAGACCCAAACAGUUUCGCCCGUUCCGCCGCAGCAAGUGCACGCACUAUUGCCUGCCCACUCCGGAGAAAAUGUCCUUAAUACUAACCAACCGUCGACCACGACAGUAAAUGGACGCGUCAAUAGUGCAGAGAAACUCGCUGAGGGUCAGGGGGGCGAGACCACGGGAGCAGGCCCGUCGUGCGAGGUUACGGGCGCUGUUCAUGUUGGUGCAGCCGACCAUCUCGAAGGAGCAGAACAGACGGGAGAUGACUCUGGGCAAUGGUCUGACGACGAGAGCCAUGAUCUAAAGCGCGUAAAAGUGUAUCAGCUAAUUGCCAACCGCUGGGUCGACCAAGGGACAGCAUUUUGCUUCGGCGACUUUCAGGAUAACGAGGCCCUUCUCGUCGCUCGCGCUGAGGCUGAUUUCAACCAUAUAAUACUCUCUACAGUUAUCCGGAGCAGUGAUGUCUAUCAGCUGCAGCAAGACACCCUCAUUGUGUGGACGGAACCAGAUGGGAACGAUUACGCGCUCAGUUUCCAGGAUCCGGACGGCUGUGCAGAAGUCUGGCAAUUUAUUCAGGAGGUACAGCGGCACAUGAACUCGGGAGAAGACCCAGUGUUGUCCUCAUCUCCUCUCAUGGGGCACGACCAGUCAAUCACGACUGCAAGCAUAAUUCGUUCAGGGCAUUUACCACAGCCUCAGUUGGGAAUCAUUGGCGAGAUCGAGAAGGCCAUCAAGGCUCUUUCACGCACCAAUGCGCUGAAGGAACGCAUCUGUGAAUACAUUCAGACGGAGGACUACAUCAGAGCCAUGAUUGAUGUUAUGCACCAGGCAGAGGACUUGGAGAACCUGGAGAAUUUGCAUGCAUUAUGUAGCUGUAUGCAAGCUAUUCUCAUGCUAAAUGAUCACAGCCUAUAUGAACAUAUCCUAGAAGACGAUCUCUUCUUUGGCGUAGUCGGCAUGCUCGAAUACGACCCGGAAUUUCCGACGCACAAAGCCAAUUAUCGUGACUUCCUGCGGCAGACGUCCCAAUUCCACCAGCCAAUUCCGCUUGGCGAUGAGACAAUUCAGAAAAAGAUCCAUCACACAUACCGCCUCCAGUUUCUCAAGGAUGUAGUGCUUGCCCGCGCAAUCGACGACUCGACAUUUAAUGUGCUUAAUUCGUGUAUCAUCUUUAACCAGAUCGACAUCAUCAAUUACGUCCAGAAUGACCCCUCAUUCCUCCCGGAAGUCGUCGCCACCUUCAUGGACGAUGAGCUCUUAGCCGCAGUUGGUCUUCCUGCGAAGAGCAGGGAACCGGAGAAAGAGAAGAACUCUCAGAUGGACUCGGAGAAGAUGGACGUUGACCAGCCCGAGGCGAAGACAAACGGCGCUGUGAAUCCAAUCGGGAUUGCUGAAGGUGCCCCGUCGUCCGCUCCACCAUCGUCAGACGAUGAAUUCAAGCGUCGCUGCGAGGUCGUGCUGUUGAUUCAGCAACUUUGCGCGAUGGGCAAGAAUGUUCAGCUGCCCGCGCGAAUGACACUAUUUCGAGCCCUCGUCGAGCGCGGCAUAGUCUUUGCAGUCCAAUGGGGUCUGGAUCAAUCCGAGACAGAGGAAAAUGGCCGGCAGAUGAUAGCUGCAUCGGGGGAGAUAUUGACUGCACUACUUGACCACGACGUGGGCGGAGUUCGCACUCAUGUUAUGAAACAGCUGACGAGGAUGGAGCAUGAGAAAGCCAGCGGAAAGAAGAUCGUCGCGAAAGAGACUGUGUUGGAGUUAAUGUGCAGAAUCUUGGUAAGAAGUCGGGAUUUGGCUGUGCAGAGUCAAGUUGGCGAAGCCUUGAAAUUGCUCCUGGAAACUCAGCAGGAUUCAUUGGAGCAGCAUGCUCCUCCGGGUACGAAGACGCUUCAGCGCCCUAAAGAUGAACCAAAUACUGAGAGGUUCCUGGACUUUUUCUACAAGCAUUGUAUUGGAACGCUCUUCAGACCCCUCGACGACAUCCCUGUGUUCUCAGAAUUGACAGAACCCGUUCUCGUACUUUCGCGGGAAAGGGCGAACCUCUAUUUUUAUCUAUGUGACUUGCUAUCCACAUUCAUUUUGCAGCACUCAUUCCGCAGUCACUUCUAUAUACUUUCCUCCGACAUUUCUCUACGUGUAGCUUCAUUACUCAGUGCGCGGGACAAGCACCUUCGACUGGCCGCAUUCCGCGUCUUCCGCACAUGUCUUAAGCUCAAUAAUCCCGGCCUCUUCAAUCAGCUUAUCAGCAAGCACUUAUUCAAGCCCAUACUUGAUCUCACCCUGCGAGAGUCACACCGUGAUAACCUGCUCAGUGCAUCCUGUCAAGAGUUCUUCGAGCAUAUGCGGAAGGAAAAUCUCAAGGAUCUGAUAGCCCACUGUAUGACUGUAUAUGGGCCGAGGGUGCGGGAGUUAGCGGAGUCUCCCAUGGGCGGUCCGCGGUUCAAGGCUUUCAUCCGUCGCUGGGAGAUGAACGUAGAACCUCCCCCGGAGGAAGAGAAACCCGAGAAAUUACCAUUAAACGGUCCGCGGCGGUGGGGUGAAGGCCGUUUGCUGGAGGCGGAGGAGGAAGACUACUUCAACGCCGAUGACGAUGACGACGAGAUCGUCCCUGUUGUCAGCACACCUCCACGAGGAAACGCUCUCAAGCGAAAGCGUAUGCGCGGCAUGGGGCCUUCCGUCCGAUCCAUACGUCCAUUCACUCCCUUACCUCGAACCCCGCCCCUCGCGCGUCUGGUCGACUACGACGAAGGGGACAAUCUCGGAGGUCCGGUGGAGGACAGUCCUAUGCAAUCGUCUCCUAGUAUAUCGAAGACGGCAUCCACAUCAAGUGGGUAUUUCCCCCUGUCUUCCCCCUCCGUGGAUGGUCCUCCCAGUUCGCGCAUGAUUCGACGAUCACUAGUGAAACCUUCCUCGUUCCCCGACGAGCAGGACGACCUGCUGGAGUCACUCUUCACUAGGUCUGGUUCGUCAUCAGGCCUAACCGGACCACCAGAGCUCGGCGCGAAACGACGGCGGGAAGACGAGGAUGACGAGCUGCUGGAGCGCCUAGCGAGUAGAUCUAAACGGACUAGCGUUGGUCCCGGCCCGAGCCCAGAGAAGGAGAAUGCGGACUCUCCCGUGGCAGGUAAGGCAGGCCUUGCCAAGCCUAUAGAAGAGAGUCCGAAGAAGAUGAAGGUUAAGAUCGGCUCACUGGGUGCCGCACUCGCCUCUUCGUCCCCGUCUACCUCCGUACCACCUGCCCCUUCAAGAGCUGGCACGAAGGAUGGCGACAACGGCUAG